ACGGGGAGCGAAAUUGGCUGGUCAUUGCUGGUCAGAAAACGAGAUAAACGCGAAAGCUCUGUUAACCUUUUGCUUAGAUUCUCCUGGACUGCAACGUCUCAAUAAAUACAGAGUCACGCCACCCCCAAAAAUUCUUCCUUUUUCCGCACCGAUCCUCAUCGAUUCCUUCUUCCUCUUCUACUUCUUCGUAGUUGCCGAAACGCGACGCGUCCUUCGUCAAUCGAAUUCUCGUUUUCCUCUCUCCGUUCAAAAGGGAGUCUUGCCAUUCUCUGCCAUAAGACCGAAUCAAACCUGACAAACCCUUCAAACAAGUUUUCCCCCAAAAUUUCCCUCUAUCUUUCCCCGUCUCUCUGUGCGUGCUUCUUGUUAUAUAUGUGGAGUAAUCGAACCCUUACGGCCAAGCUUGUAGGCAGAUCUGCGAUGCAAUUUGGCUUCAAGUUCUUGAAAUCGUCUGGAUUCUUCUGAAGGCGGAGCUUGAGGAUGACCGGCGCUUCGCGCGCCGCCGAUGCCCGUUCCACUCGAGAUUUCCUCUGCCACGCUGGUGCCGGGGCAGCUGCAGGAGCUAUUGCGGCCACCUUUGUUUGUCCCUUGGAUGUUAUCAAGACGAGACUACAGGUCCAUGGCAUUCCGUCUGGUCAUAAAGGAAGCAUUAUAAUCACAAGCCUACAGAACAUAGUAAAGCAGGAAGGUGUGAAGGGACUGUACCGCGGUCUCUCACCAACAAUUCUGGCUCUUCUUCCGAACUGGGCUGUCUACUUCACAGUUUACGAGAAACUUAAGGGGCUAGUCCAUUCACAUGAUGAUAAUGGCAAUCAAGUAAGCACGGGUGCCAACAUGAUAGCUGCUGCGGGUGCUGGAGUUGCCACAGCAAUCACUACAAAUCCUUUGUGGGUUGUAAAAACCAGACUCCAAACACAGGGUAUGAGGCCAGACGUGGUUCCAUACGGAAGCGUACCUUCUGCUUUAAGGCGGAUUGCACUUGAGGAAGGUCUCCGUGGUUUGUAUAGUGGCAUUCUCCCAUCAUUAGUAGGAAUAAGCCAUGUUGCAAUUCAGUUUCCAGCAUACGAGAAGAUCAAAUGUUACAUAGCGAAGAGAGAUAAUACGACUGUCGAUCGACUUAGUCCUGGAAGUGUAGCAAUUGCCUCCUCAAUAUCUAAGCUCUCUGCCUCCGUCAUGACUUAUCCACAUGAGGUGAUACGUUCCCGGUUGCAAGAGCAGGGACAUGGAGCUAAGGUUCGGUACGCAGGAGUUGUUGAUUGUGUAAAGAAAGUGUUUCGGAAGGAGGGUAUUCCAGGGUUUUAUCGAGGCUGUGCUACAAAUUUACUGAGGACUACUCCGUCCGCUGUCAUUACAUUUACCAGUUACGAGAUGAUACAUAGAUUUUUGGAACAAGUAUUACCUCCAGACCAAAAACAUUCGCAGUGCCAUAGCCAACCAAAAACCCAAGGAACUAAAGAGGGCAUAAAUAGUGGAGUCUCUCAACAAUCGCAGGCCCACUCACGUAACCCAGCCCACAUAGUUCCAUAGGGAAAGAAAGAGCAGCUAACAGCAUAAGUCAAUUAGAUUUUCUGAUGUAUUCCAUUUUCUGAUUUUGAUAAAAAAAAAAAUUUAUGUUUACAAAGACGUGUAGUGCUUAAUUUAAAUGCGGAGGUGAAUAAAGUAAUGAUCGUUUGUUUGUUUUAUUUAUCACCCAUUGUUGGGCUGGGGCUGUCUUUUGAUUUUUGUAUUUGUUUUAGGAUUUUUGAACAUGACCGAGAUGUCUAUUUGUAGGCA